AUGCAAAAUACUGGUCCACAUGCUUCAUCCAGGCCUAUGUAUAAAAAGAGGACUCGUGAGAGAGAAGACAUUAGUUGGAAAUACUGUACUGAAGUUGAUGGGGAUCGGUCCAGGCAUUAUAAGACCUAUUCUCGUAAGAAGAAGGCCAACAAACAGGUUCUGAUUUGGCAUGGGGAAGACUCUUGGGACUUGGACUGAUCUGGUCAGGGGUAUUUUCGUCAUUUUGACCAGUCACAUGUGGGCUUGGGCUAUAGCAUCUUGUUCCUGUAGCUUAGUAGUGAUUCUCUUUCAAUUUUUAGUUUAUUUGCAUUAGUAGGUAGAAAGUUUUUAUGUUUCUUGAUGCACAAGAUAAGGAGUGGCUUUUUUUGUACUUACGGUAAGAGUAUUCCGGGUCACACAAGUCACUCUAUAAAUAGAUGUAUUCUCUUCCUUUUGAAGCUAAUUGUUUAUUUUGAGUUCUCUUGCAAGUUUGAUGUAUGGAGUGAUUCCUACAACCCCUAGAGUGAUUCUAGGAACCUUGGAGUGAUUCCUUGGGAUUUCUAUCCCCCUCUCUCUUUCUGUCUUGUAAUUGUUUGUUCCAACCCUAUUGCAUCAGUUUUGGUAUCAGAGCAUCAAGUUUCAAAUGGCUCAUUACAAUGGUAGAAACAUGAGAAGAAGAUUAAGUGAACAAACUAAAGAAGAAGUGUUGCUUGCACUUAUUAAUCGGUAGACACCCUAGAAGCUCAAGGCAAACUAUUGAUGGAAGACCAAAAAGAAAAAAAAAAACAGCAUUGGUGUUCUACAUGGAGGAUAUGACGAGUUUUAAGGGUACUUUAAAAACUCAAGGUACUGCCAUCAAGCCCCUAAGGACUGCCAUCAAGCCCUUAAAGCCUUGAACUCUACAAACUCAAGGUACUUUAAAUGAUUUAUAUGACGAGUUGGAGAAUUCUAAGACUAAUAUAGAUGACUAUCAGGAUGAUAUUACUAGUAAAGUGAAGAUAGAAGUUCCUAGUUUUAAGGGUGAUAUCGAUCCACAAGCUUUAUCCAAUUGGAUGGCAGAAUUAGAGGUAUACUUUGAUUGGUUCGAUAUGUCAGAUGAGAGAUGGAUUAGAUUUGCUAAACUUAAACUUAUAGACCAUGCAAAAGUAUAGUGGAGUGUGGAGAAAAGAUUACAAAAUAUGGGUCAGCGUCCUAUCACCCGUUUGGAAGAUAUUUUUCUUGAUGAAUAUGUUAUAUAUAUAAAAAAUUUUAUUAUAUACUAAAUGCUUAUUAUUUUAUAUAAUAUAUACAAAGUUUAAGUUUUAACAUAUAAUCAAAUAUUAAUUAGUUGACACAUGUCAAUACAUGUGUAUGACAUGUGUAAACACUUGAGCCAACUCAUUUGGAAGAUAUAAAGUAUCAAUUGGAGGAAAAUAUUUGCCUAAUGACUUCCUAGAUGCUCUUCAUGAUGAGAUGAUGACAUUGAGGCAAGGCAACUUAUUUGUGUUUGAAUACAUUCUAAAGUUUGAUGCGCUUACUAUUAGAUGUCAGUCUACAGAAAGUGAGAAGUAAAAAAUUAGUCCAAUUUCGGAAUGGUGUAAGGGUUGAUAUUCAAAGGGAAAUGAUGACCGCACAAGUUUAUGAUGUAGGUUAUGUUUUUCAAAUGGCUCUUAAAAUAGAGAAGAGCUUGAAGCAAGAGAAUAGUAGGAGGCUUGGCAUUCAAUCUAGGGAGCCAGCAACCCUUAAGAGUUUAGAUGAGGGUAGAGCCACUAAACCUAAAUCUCAUAAUGCUGUUCUAGUAAGGGAAAGAAUAUCAUGAUUGAUGCUAAUAAAAGGGGAACAACAGAAAAUACUUGUUUCAGGUGUGGUGGAAAGGGCCACUAUGCAUUUCAAUACCCCAAUAAAAAUCUACACAUAGGGUGUGGGAAGGAAGGACAAGUGAAAGAUAAUGGAGGCCUUGGCGAAGAAUACAUUGGAUCUAAACAUGAAGAAGAAGACGACAACAAUCUUGUUGGAGUUAGACAUAUUUUAGCAUCAUCUAAAGAAGAAAAGAAAGAAGAUUGGCUUUGUACAACGAUCUUCCUCACCUUUGUCAAGAGUGGAGACAACUUUGCAAGCUAAUAAUUUGUGAUGGUAGCAACAUGAAUGUGGUUUCUACAGCAACUGUUGAAAGGCUCAAUUUAGUUGCACAACCUUACCCUCAACCAUGCAAGAUUGCCUGAUUAAACAAGAUGACUCUUCAGGUAGAACAAAGAGCUCUUGUUUCUAUUUUCUAUGGGUCUUAUGCCGAUGAUAUUUGGUGUGAUGUUGUUCUUAUGAAUGUUACACAUUAGGCCGACCAUGGCUUUACAUAGGAAUAUAUACCAUUGUGGGAAAGAAAAUACAUAAUUACUAAUGGAAAGAGAAUUGUUAUGAAACUUGAAACCUAUGUCACCUAAUGAGAUCAAGAAGCAACACAUACCCCUAUUUAAGAGGUACUUAAGGAGGUUGAAGACUUGCUGGCUGAUUUUUCAGAUUUGAUCCUAGAUAAGUUGCCUGAUGAAUUACCACCUCUACGUGAUGUCCAACAUGCAAUAUACUUGAUUCCCGGGUUCCAACUACCUAAUUUGCCUACAUACCAAUUGAAUCUCAUAGAACAUGCUGAGUUAGAGGCAAGUGGAUUAUCUAUUGAACAAGGGCUUCAUUAGAGAAAGUUUCAGCCCAUGUGCUAUUAUUGGCUCUACUCACUCCCAAGAAUGAUGACUCAUGGAGGAUGUGUGUUGAUAGUAGAACAAUCAACAAGAUUACAAUCAAGUAAUGGUUCUCCAUUCCUUGCUUAAAUGGCAUAUUGGAUAUGAUGAUCGAAGGUACAAUUUUCUCUAAGAUUGAUCUUAGAAGCGGAUGUCACGAAAUUACGAUUUGUCUUGGAGAUGAAUGGAAAACCACUUUUAAGACAAAGGAAGGCCUCUAUGAGUGGUUUGUUAUGCCUUUUGCUUAACUAAUGCUCCCAACACUUUCGUGAAAGUUAUGACUUAGGUACUUUGUCCUUUUAUUGAUCAUUUCUUGGUUGUUUAUAUUGAUGGCAUUCUUAGAUACAACCAUACUCUUGAUGACCUUCUCGACCAUUUACAAGUGAUGAGAGCCUUACGCCAGGAAAAGCUCUACACCAUCAACUUAAAGAAGUGUUCUUUUAUGACACCUAUUGUUAUCUUUUUAGGAGUUGUUAUGUAUCUUUUGAAGGUGUUAAGGCUGAUCCUGACAAUCUUUUGAAGGUGUUAAGGCUGAUCCUGACAAGGUGACAGCUAUACUUGAUUGACCCAGCCCCACUAACAUCCAUUAAGUGAGAAACUUUCACGGAUUAACUAUUUUUUAUAGGAAUCAUAAGGAAUUUCAGUACUAUUAUGGCACCAAUUACAGAAGCUAUGAAAAAGGGGGAAUUUGUUUGGUUUAAGGCUGCAACUAAAGCCUUUGAAACUAUCAAGCAAAGGAUGAUUGAGACCCCAAUGUUACAACUGCCCAACUUUUCAAAAAUCUAUGAGGUGUUUUGUGAUGCUUCUCAAGUUGGAAUAGGUGGUGUGCUUAUGCAAGAAGGACAUUCUAUAGCUUUUCAUAGUGAAAAGCUUAAUGAAGCUAGACUUAAGUACUCCACAUAUGACAAGGAAUUCUAUUCUACUAUGCAAUGUCUUUGGCAUUGGUGUUAUUAUUUAACUUUUCAAGAGUUUGUUUUGUAUUUAGUAGUUGACAUCAGAAAUGAGUUGAAUUUUUAGUAGAAUGUAACUUUGUGAUUAAGCAUAUAGCUAGUGCUGAGAACCGAGUAGCUGAUGCAUUGAGCCGUGUGGUGUACAUGCUUCAUUCUAUACAACUUGUGGGGUUCGAUUGGCUGAAGCAAGAUUAUGCUGGUUGCAAGGAUUUCGACAUCAUUAAUGGUUCUUUACAGGCUGGACAACAAUCUGAAUAUCCUGGCUUUUCUAUCCGUGAUGGUUAUUUAUUCAAGGGAACUUGCUUGUGUCUUUCUAACGCUUCACUAUUUGAUUAUGUUAUGUGGGAGUUACAUGCAGGUGGAAUUGCUGGGCAUUUUGGUCAAGAUAAGACCAUUGCUUUGGUAGGUCGCUUUUAUUGGCCUAGCCUUAAGGUUGAUGCUGAUCAUGUGAUCAAACAGUUCAGAAUUUGUCAAUUGGAAAAAGGGAGAAAUAAAAAUGCAGGGUUGUACUCCCCUUUACCAAUCCCACAUGAGCCUUUUCAAAACCUCUCUAUGGAUUUUGUCUUAGGUCUGCCCAAGAUAGUAAGGGGUCAUGAUUCAAUUUAUGUUGUGGUAGACAGAUUCUCAAAAAUGGUCCACUUUAUUCCUUGUAGUAAGAAUAUAGAUACUUCACAUGUGGCAAACCUAUUAUUUAGGGAAGUUGUUUGUUUACAUGGUGUUCUUGUUACUAUUGUUUCUGAUCGCGAUGCUAAGUUUACGAGUUACUUUUGCAAGACACUUUGGAAACUUCCCAAUACAAAAUUGAAGUUCUCAUCUAAUGACCAAAUUGUGGUAGUUAAUAGGAGCCUUGGUGAUUUGUUACAUUGUUUAAUUGGUGAUUAUACUUCCAAGUGGGAUCUCAUCCUACCUAUGGCUGAAUCUGCUUAAAGCAGUUUAGUUAAUAGUUCAAUUGGAAGAAGUCCCUUUGAGAUAGUUACUGGAAUUCAGCCUAAGAGGUCUAUUGAUGUAUUGAUUUGGUGUCUUUGCCACAAGAUGCUAGGACUAGCGUAGAGGCUGAAGGCUUUCAUCUCCACAUGAGAGAAACCCAUGAUGAAGUUAGAUGCAGGAUUGCUCUUAGCAAUGAUUCAUACAAAGACCAAGUUGAUUUACAUAGGCACCUAGCUGAUUUUCAGGAGGGUGAUAUGGUUAUGGUGCGUGUACGUCCUGAAUGCUUUCCUAAGGGCUUUUGUAAGAAGCUUUACUCAAAGAUUGCAAGCCCCUAUAAGAUCACUAAGAAAAUCAGUUCUAAUGCCUAUGUCCUAGAACUGCCAAGUAACAUGGGAAUUAGCCUAGUAUUCAAUUUUGAAGACCUAAGUGCAUAUCAUGGCCAUAGUGAUUGUCCCAUAGUCCCAUUGCCUAAGCUGCCUUUGGUUCCAUCUACUGAUGUGUCUGAAGAUAUCUUUGGUUUGAAGUUUAUUUCUAUAGCAAGUGGGGGUUAUCAAACGUUUCUUGUAAAGUGGAAGAAUCUACCUCUUUUAGAAUGUUCAUGGAUUAUAACUGAAGACUUGUAUUGUCUUAAUCCAGAACUUUAUGAGCAAUAUCAUGCCUUUAACUCGCUAGGGUCGAGUUAUUUUAAGCCAGGGAGAGACGAUGGGGAUUGGCCCAGGCAUUAUAAGAUCUAUUCUCGUAAGAAGAAGGCAAACAAACAGGAUGGCAAGAAGAAAGAGCAAGAAUUUGAAAUGCAAGACAGUAUUGAAGAAUUACUUCAGUGCCAAACUACCCCUACUGUGCAUGGGAACAAAGAAGACUCUAAAUUUGAAGGGUCCCCAUUCCAUAUGGAUGGUAAGAAGAAAGAACAAGAAUUUGAAAUGCAAGACUGUAUUAAAGAAUUACUUCAGUGCCAAACUACCCCUACUGUGCAUGGGAACAAUGAAGAAUCUAAAUUUGAAGGGCCAUCAUUCCAUGUGGAUGGUAAGAAGAAAGAGCAAGAAUUUGAAAUGCAAGACAGUAUUAAAGAAUUACUUCAGUGCCAUACUACCCCUACCGUGCUUGGUAACAAAGAAGAAUCUAAAUUUGGAGGGGCCUCAUUCCAUGUGGACGGCAAGAAGAUAGAGCAAGAAUUUGAAAUGCAAAACAGUAUUGAAGAAUUGCUUCAGUGCCAAACUACCCCUACUGUGCAUGGGAACAAUGAAGAAUCUAAAUUUGAAGGGGCCUCAUUCCAUGUGGAUGGCAAGAAGAAAGAGCAAGAAUUUGAAAUGCAAGACAGUAUUAAAGAAUUAAUUCUGUGCCAAACUACCCGUACUGUGCAUGGGAACAGAGAUGAAUCUAAAUUUGAAGGGGCUUCAUUACAUGUGGAUGAUAAGAAGAAAGAGCAAGAAUUUGAAAUGCAAGACAGUAUUAAAGAAUUACUUCAGUGCCAAAUUACCCCUACUGUGCAUGGGAAUAAAGCAGAAUCUAAAUCUGAAGGGGCCUCAGUCCAUGUGAUUCUAGAAAGGGUAAGAAAUAUUGAGGCUCAAUUGCAACAAUUGCAACAUCUUCAAGCCCUUGAGCCUAAAAUACAGAAGCUGGAGCAAUUAAUAAGCACACAAUUGAUGGAAUGGAAGUCAGAAAUGCUCCAGGGGUUCGCUUUGCUGUCACUCCAAGUUCAAAGGUCUUUUGGAGUGCCUGAAGCCAGCAUGGACCAGGACCACACCAAAGAGGCAAUCAAUUUUCAGACACAGGUGGUGUUUCCACAUGCUUCAGAUUUUCCUUCUUUCACCGAGUUGGAGAAAAAAGCAAUUAUAUAUGCUUUAUUUAAUCCUGUUGGACCGCUUGAUGAAAAUUUGGUAAUUCUGUGGAAGUUUCACCUAACAAGGUCGGAGCUUCUUUGUGUGAGAGAUGGCAAGUGUGUUUCUAGUGCUGUUAUGAAUUGUGUGGUGGAUGUACUAGUGCAUGAACAGUUUGGUAAUGGUUUGGUAAAACACCAUUACUUUCCCACAUCUUUUGCGGAAAAGAUUCUAAAAGAUGAACCUCCAAGUCUUGAGGAGUUGAAAGUUUUUUAUGAACCAAGUAUACUUAAAUAUGACUUGUUGCAAUGUGAAUUGUUAUUCAUCCCCCUUUGUGUUGAUUCCCACUGGUUCAUAUAUGUCAUAAAUCUAAGAGACAAGAGGGUGGAAGUUCUUAACAGCCUACCAAUGUCUGGAUUCACUGUAGAGCUUAAUUAUCUGUCUAGAAUGAAAGAAACUUGUAAUGAAAUUAUGAGUAGCUUGAGUGGAAGACCCAUGGCGAUUACAGAAUGGCCUGUGUUAAUUCCCGAGCUUCCUAUUCAAAAAGCCAAUUAUGAUUGUGGUAUAUUCAUGAUAUGUUAUAUGGAGUAUUGGGAUGGACGACUAAUGAAGUCCUUUGCACAGGAUGAUAUCCCAUACUUGCGGAUGAAGAUUAUAGCUGAUUUGUUGUUGCACCCAGAAAACAAGGUAACACUUAUAAGAUGAUGCUUCUCCAAUGUAAUUUUGAAACGUCUCAUCUGGGAAACUCCAAAGGCAAAUGUCAUAGACAUAGAGAGGGUCACUCCAGAUCAUCACAAUGAUUCCAUUUGGAGGAAACCAGCCAACGGCAUCUUAAAAAUCAACCUCGGUGACGAUGGGAGCUUCUCAUUCAGAAGGGCGUUCAUUUUUGUCAUGGGGAGAGCAAUUAGUUUCUGUUGUUCUAACCCGAGGAGAGGUUGAAGCUUUGGGCUUUUUUUUUCAAUGAAUUGCUAUUUGCCAAGGAAUUAAAUCUCUCGGCAAUUUGUUUAGAAGGUGAUUCACAAAAUCUUGGAUCGUUCCUACUUCCUGGGAAUAGCUCUGCCGUCCCACUGUGGCUAUGCAAAUAUAUAGCAGAUUGCAGGAUCUGUGGCCGAAUGCUAAGGUUGAGGGAGUGUGGAUGUAUACGUAAUGAUGUGUAUAGUCUAUUCAAUACAUUUUCAUCCUACUGAUGUUUCUCUUUUUAACUUAGCAAAUGGCAAAGAAUUG